AUGCAGACUAUGGACGUCCAAGGCCAACCCCCGGAUAAGGAUGAAGAGUGUCCCCGCUCUAUAAAAGAAGAGUCGGUUGAGCCAAACCACAUUCUCGUGGCGAAGAAACCAAAUUCCGCUUUGCCAAAUGCCGAUCUACUGAAGGUCAUCGAGGCUCAUGCCCGUGCCCAGAAACCCGAAGGUCAAACUGAGGACUGUCAAGAUUCUCACAGGUCUCAGAUUGUUAUAAUUGACUCUGAUUUAUCGGACUCCCAGGAGGUCCAACAAGAAUCUGACAGUGGGAACGAAGGAGAGACUGCCCAAGGUGAUCAUGAUGAAGACAGGUCUGCGUCUGGACUCACAGAUAGUGAUGACUCUGAAGGCGAAAACGAAGUCUCUCGAUCAGAUAUACCAUGGGUCCCAGAGUCAGGCGAAGGAGACAAUUGGGCUAAUGAGAUCUGUUUUGAAGCUGCUAAACUAUGGUAUAGUCACCUAGUUAGCCCCUCCUCUGGUGACCGGUUGCGGUUUGAAUACUUCAGAAAGAAAGAAGUCGCACGGAGAACUCAAGUCGAAACACAAAGACUCUUUGACGAGGAACUUCAACACGACAAGGAAUUGCGGGAUUUCGAUCAGUUGCUUGGGCUUUCGGAUUCGGAUUUUCAAAAUGCGUCAAACGACGACGAUUGCCAGGAAGAAGAACCCCCAAAUCUGAAUCUGCACUUAAACCCAGAGUCACAGCCAAAGCGGACCAAAAGUUCUGGCGUUUCAAUUAAUGAAAUCAACACUGCAGCGGCGCUUGGUCUUCGAUAUAUGUUGGAACACUGCGAGGAUCGGCAGCAAGACAAUGACUACUUCGAUGCCAGCGAUGUCGGAACCUCGAAGAGAAGGACACCCAAAACAACGACAAGAAUUCCCAACGAGGACCUGGACAAUCUUUUCUACCAUGAUAUCAUUGCCGAUGCUAAUGCGAGUUCUAAGCUGCCUACGCUUCCUGGCUCUGAGAACAAGGACAAGAACAAGGCCCUUAACGAUAUCAUCGCUAUGCUCCCCAUUGAUGAUCAAGCAGAAGCCAGACUUGAUAAACGCAAUUGCAUCAAAGCCUCAAAGAAAUUUCAUCCCUCCGCGAGGUAUGUCGACCAGGCCUGGAAAAUCAAUGGACUGAAGACACACUUGUACUCCUAUCAACUCCUUACCGUUUCCUGGAUGCGUGACCGCGAGCUUGCUAAAUCCGCACCACAUGGCGGUCUGCUUUGUGAUGAGAUGGGCUUGGGAAAGACACUCACAUCGAUAGCAAAUCUCGUGGAGGGAAGAUCUCUAGAGAAGGGUCAAGCUCCAACCUUGAUUGUCGUCCCCAGAAAUUUGGUCACACACUGGAUCGGUCAAUUGAAAAAGCAUUGCGAGAAAAAAACCAUUCGGUCAGUCGUAUACCACGCUGGCGCACGACCCUGUACCGGCAGUGAUCUUGGAGAAUGGUUUGAGGAUCAUGAUAUUGUUGUGACUACAUAUUACGAAAUCAACACAUCAUACCCGUCAAUGAAGCCACCGAAAGAACUCGAAACUUCCAAGGCCAUCAUUGAAUGGUGGCCAGAGUAUUUUGAUGACAAUAUUGGUGCCUUUCACAGGAUCAAUUGGCACCGGAUCAUUCUUGACGAGGCUCAUGUCAUCAAAAACCCAGAGUCAAAGACCUCUAUUGCCGUUCGGGGCCUAAAAGCGAAGUUCAAAUGGAUUCUGACGGGUACCCCUUUGCACAAUUGCAUCGAAGAGAUGCAGCCAUACUUUGAGUUUGUUGGUGUCCCAUCGAGCAGCCCAUUUGGGGUCUUCCACCAAAACUACUGCAACAGUACCCAGGAAUCGAAAGAUAGACUACUCGCUAUGCUUCGUCUCGUGAUGCAUCGGAAAACUCAUGCCAGUCGCCUAUUCAAACGCCCGCUUGUGAGUCUCCCGGGGAUUGAGGAAAGAAAGAUUGAUAUUGAGCCCAAUCCUGCGGAGAUUUACCUGUACCAAAAGAUUUUCGAGCGGUUUCUCGGCGACGCACAAGACUUCAUCGGCGACAAGACAAAUCAGUAUAGGAUCUACCUUACCAUGUUCCUGUUCAUGAGGAUGUGUACAAGUCAUCUACUCACUGUACAAAAGAUUGUGAAAUUGGUGAUUGACAACGAUGCGGUUAUUCCGCAGUUGAAACUUCUCGCCAGAGGCCCAGGCGACUCGCCCGCUUCUGUCACAACAAAGCUCCUAAUUGCGAUGAAGCACAAGGUCUCUCUUCCUUGA